GGAGAGAGAGAGAGCCUUUCUAUGGUAAACUAUGAUUUGGUUAAUUGAGAGAGGGAGGGGGGACUUGUUAGGAACAUAAAAGAUGCAAACUUUGUAAGGGGAACUAUAAUUUGCUUGAGUGCGUGUUGUGUUUAAAUUUUGGUUAAUUGUGUCACAUAAUGUCUUGGGGAGAUUAUGUUGGAUGAUUAAGUAAUUAGAUCAUGUGUACAGUUAUAGGCUAAGGCUAUAGGAUGCAUAUGUUGGAGGAUUAAAUGAGUAGUCUGGCUCUCCAGAUUCACGGCUAAUAUUAAAUUUUGUUAUUUUUCUGUGAAUAUAGGGGAUGCCUAAUACUUUUUCCGUGCUUAUAGUAAAAAAAUCGGGCCUUAUUGCUUUUCACGCAUAUUAGGCUACUAUUUCAUAACUUUGAAGUUCAAAUUCAAUACUUCUAGCUGUUUCUUUCUAUACAUGGAUGAUAACUAAAUUAAAAGCCUCUUGUAUUACUAUAGCUAUACCAUGAUUUUAAAUAUUUUGUAUUAGCUUUCCUGUAUAUGUACUUAGUGGUUGAUGACUAUAUAUAUAGUUCUAUCUACUUUCGCAGAUAAGUUGUCCCCUGUGAUGUGUAAAGAACGAAAUCGUGAAAUUUUUGCAAUAAAUCUUGACUAUUAUUAUAUACAUGUGUAGCCAUGUAUACUACAUGAGUGGGGAUGCAUGGAAGGAAGGGGGAAUUGAUGCCACUGGUGCCUUGAUGGUUCUCACACUGAAAGUCAUUUCUUGUGCAAUCAACUACAAUGAUGGAUUACUAAAGGAGGAAGAUUUACGUGAAUCACAAAAGAAAAAUCGUUUACUUGAGUUGCCAUCUAUAACUGAGUAUUUUGGAUACUGCCUCUGUUGUGGUAGUCACUUUGCUGGCCCAGUUUUUGAAAUUAAGGAUUAUCUUAAUUGGACAGAAAAGAAGGGGAUUUGGACAGCUUCAGAUAAGGGCAAAUCCCCAUCCCCAUAUUGGCCAGCUCUCAGAGCAAUCCUCCAAGCUGUUAUAUGCAUGGGCUUGUACCUGUAUCUUUCGCCCCACUUCCCACUGACCCGUUUUACGGAACCUAUAUAUCAAGAAUGGGGUUUUUGGAAACGAAUAAGUUACCAGUACAUGGCUGGUUUUACGGCACGUUGGAAAUAUUACUUUAUAUGGUCAAUCUCAGAAUCUUCUAUUAUUAUUUCUGGUCUGGGUUUUAGUGGCUGGACAAAUUCUUCACCACCCAAAGCACGAUGGGACCGUGCAAAAAAUGUAGAUAUCUUGGGUGUUGAGUUGGCAACGAGUUCAGUUCAGCUGCCACUUGUAUGGAACAUACAAGUUAGUACCUGGCUUCGUCAUUAUGUCUAUGACAGACUCGUUCAGAAGGGAAAGAAACCUGGUUUCUUCCAGUUGCUGGCAACACAGACUGUUAGUGCUGUAUGGCAUGGUCUUUAUCCUGGGUACAUGAUAUUUUUUGUUCAGACAGCUUUGAUGAUUGCUGGAUCCAGAGUCCUAUACAAAUGGCAGCAAUCUCUUCCUCCAAAAAUGGCCAUAGUGAAGAAUCUAUUGGUAUUCAUUAACUUUUUGUAUACACUUAUGGUUCUUAACUGCUCUGCCGCUGGUUUCAUGGUAUUAAGCUUCCAUGAAACUCUUACCGCAUACAAGAGCGUAUACUUCAUUGCGACCAUUGUUCCUGUAACAUUGAUCCUUCUUGGAAAGAUUAUUAAACCGGCAAGGCCCGCCAGAACAAAAGCUCGCAAAGAAGAGUGAGAUGGAAUUGCAAUUUCAGAUUCUGAAAUCCCUGGAUUGAACUUUACAAAUCAUUAGUAUGCUUCUUCCAGCCAUAUUCCCUUGUCUUGCUAUUCCGUAAAGUGUUUUCUUUUUUAUAGUUGAAAUUGCUUUGCCUGUCCAUGUUUGGACCACUGGCCUCACUUCAGAAAUCUAGGCCAACAGGCAAUCGAUUAGAAAGUUGUAUUCUUACUUAGAUCAGAACAAGUGAUUGCAAGAAUUAUAUUUCAGUUGGAAUUUUUCCUCUUA